AUGGCUAGUUGCAAUCAUGUUUUCAUUUUGGCUUUAAUUGUAACAUUGUCUUUGUCAAGCAUUAAUAUGAGCUUGGCUGCUCGUCAACUAUUGCAAACGCCUGCAGCUCCAUCUCUGCCAACACUGCCUCCAUUGCCUUCAAUGCCAACACUGCCUCAAGCCACAUUGCCACCACUGCCUAGCACGCCAUUGCCAACUCUGCCAACACUGCCAACUACCACACUGCCACCAUUGCCGUCACUGCCAACUCAACCAACUCUGCCAAAGUCCACGUUGCCACCAUUGCCAAGCACCCAAAUCCCCUCCUUACCAAAUCCGACUUUGCCAACGACUCUUCCUCCUCUGCCAGCGACUCCAUUGCCCACCAUCCCUACAACAAUCCCGUCAAUUCCUACAAUUCCAACAAUUCCCUUCUUCUCCCCACCCCCAUCAAACUGA